AUGGUUUACGCUUUUACCCUCCCAACCACAUCUCCCCUCUCAUUCAAAUCCAUUUUAUCGCCUACUCAUCCAUCCCUCCCUCAAUCAGCCUCAACGGCUCGCCAUGCUCUUCGUCUCGCCUUAAAGACCCACAAGCGAUUACCCCGCGGCCCGCGUCAAGAUGCCCACCUACCUGCGGUUCUGUCCGCUAUCAACGAAUAUCUUCCUUACCUAUUCGCGAUUUCAAAUGGACUGAACGGCCGAUCCGUUCCAACAGAUGCAUAUUCCUCUCAAGAUACCUACGUGGUAGGAGCCAACUUCCGCACCGAGGCGAUCGAAAUCACCGGUGCGGAGAUUGAGUCCGCAUGGAGACCGACAUUGUCGUCGUCGAGCGCGUUCAAUCUUUCUUCGGGGAAGAUUAAUACAGGCGGGAAGGGUCCGAAAACGCAUAAUGGGCGCAUUUGUGGCCAAGGAAUUCACUUCGAAUUGGCAUUCACGCUUACAACCCUAGGGUAUGUGCUGAGCAGGCUCGCGCGCGCCGGUGUCGUUGCCUCCCUUUAUGCAUCUUCCACUCCCACAGCUGAGGAUCGAACUACGGCCGUGCAGACAGCCACGCGGUAUCUAUUGCAGGCUAGCGCGGUGCAUAACUUCCUCAGCUCGUCGCCUACCUUCACUGCAGCUACUGUUUCUACGGUACCAGAUCUGGAUGCCGGCACACAGUCUGCUCUUUCAUCGCUUGCCAUGGCUGAGGCAACUCUACUCGCAGUACUCAAGGAUGACGCAUAUAUUACUGCGUGUAUCCAGUUGCGUAACCCAAAUGAUAAAGAUUGGAUGAUCAACGCACCUGACAUCCCAAAGGUGCGUGCGUUGCUAUUUGCGAGACUAUGUGUGCGUGCCGCCGAGUACUCCGAACAAGCUGCGGCGGGCUUCAGUGCCGUUGGUUCUGCAUCUGGCCGCUCCGGUCGCGUUGAUGAAGAAGUCGUUCGAUACACGGGCGUUUUGGGUCGCGUGGCUCGUGCUCGUGCUUGUCGGUUUUUUGGUGUAGAUGCCGAGUUGUCUGGUAGAGCUGGCGAAGGAAUUGCGUGGCUCAGAGCUGCACGCACUUCACUUGGGCUACGUGGGGAAUCGUCCCAAGAUGAGGGUUCUACGUCUGGUGGUUCCGCCAAGCGUGGCCUGUCGCGAUUGAAGCGCGAAUGGACCGAGCGACGUGAGGAUCGUAAAGUUGCGAAAGACGCUGGCGGAAGCACUGGCGAAAAAGGGCCAUUAGAGGCUGGAGAUGACGCCGGUCGGGGUGAGGAGGGCCGUGUACUCGCCAUGCUUGAGGCGAAAUGGGUGAAAAUGAAUGAUACAAUGAACACGCAGCUCGUCCCGCCAUCUGCGCCAUUACUCUCUAACCUACCUUCGGGUCGAGAUAUCCACUCGCCACCAGCGCCGUACCAACCACCCUCUCUCGAUGAAGAUCAACUGAUGCGGAUGCGUGCUCCACCAGAUGACCGAGAGGACGUGAAUUUUGGAAAUGAUGACGACAGUGAAGAGGAGGCAACCCAGGGAGAUCAGCGCGGCCUUCCAGGGGCGUUCCCAGACCGGAGUGCAACUGCUUCCAGUGUCUAUUACUGA